UGCUCGCUGUGCCCAGUUAGGCUCCUGGCUAUGGCGUCCUUGGCGGCCGGCGGGGUGGUGAUUAUUGGCAGUAAACUCAUUGGAGGAAGCUGGGCUAUGUUGUUUGCCAGUGGAGGCUUCAAGGUGAAACACUAUGAUAUUGAGCAAGAACAGAUAAUGAAUGCCCUGGAAAAUAUCAGAAAGGAGUUGAAGAGGCUGGAGCAGGCUGAUUCUCUGAAAGGUUCUCUAAGUGCAGAACAGCAGCCGUCACUCAUCAGUGGUUGCUCCAACAUUACAGAGGCAGUAGAGGGCGCCAUGCACAUUCAGACUCUACUUCCUCAUCAGUAAAAUGAGGAUGAUACCUACGCUUCUGGAACAUGGUGA